AUGGCCGAUAGAGGUUUGAGACGUGGUGCGGGCACUCCUUUCUACGCUCCGCCACGACGAAAGACCUCCGCUGAGAUAAUCAGUGAAGCUCGAGCUGCUAUAUUUGAUGAAAUGAACAACAGCUCCGGUGGGUCCAGUGUAGGUGCCUUGCGUCCAUUACGUACGCGUCGCCCGUUCACACCGCGCGAGCCUCAACGAACUCUGUUUACAGACAGAGCACGCAAGCGUGAACAAAGGCCACCUAGUGCUUUUGACCUCAAGUAUUUAAGCCUCUCAGAAGACAGUGAGGAUGUUCCGGAUAAGGCUUCAGAGAUCCGCAUUGUAACUUAUCAAACAGAUUUAAACGGAGGGCAGACAGUAGAAUUGAAACACGGAACAAAGAAUGAUAAUUCGUUCCGUAGUCAAGCGCAAUCGGAGCGUAGUGGGGACGGAGUCACCUGGAGCGGAUCCACUAAAUUACCACGUCUCAGUGGUAAAAGCAAACCACUACACCGACGUAACACAACCGGCCUAUUGUCGGUGGACGGGUCUCCUACAACGUCGAACUUAUCGAAAACUAUAUCAGUGACCAGACCGUUAGAUACAAAUAGUUGCGAUCUCAACACCAGUGGCGUCUCUAAUGAUCAUCAUGGAACUAAAUCACUCGGUACAGAUGGCGGUGUUACCAAGCGGCGAAUAUAUGCGAGCUCGAAGUCGAUGUCUUGCGAUACUGGAACAAGUUUCGUCCUCGGUGAUAUUCCUGUCAAGCAUUUGGCCUUGCAAUUGCCAAAUACGUCCCUCGAUAACUACGAAAGUAUGACCAUAUUAGAAUUGGCCGAAGCAUUGGCAUCGCAACGUGCUUCCGACACCGAGAGAAUUCUGGUCCUUAUGGAACAGCUGCAGAAUAUGUUGGAAAAGACAACGCCUUCUAAUAAUCUACGAGAACUCCUUCUGCGAUGUCUCUACGUCCACAUCGAUAGCGAAGAAGAACGGGUGCUGGUGGCCAUCGCAAGAGCUUUGUUAACGAUGCGAGUGACUGGGAAACAUUUAGCAGCGGCGUGUAAACUGGUCUUCAAAAUCGCCAGAAACGACAAGAAUGACCAUUUCUUCAGAAAUAGCAACUUAUUAGAACUAUUGGUUGAGGGUUGCGGUCGAGCCGAUCCCCUGGCAGAAAGCGAAUGCUGUGUGUACGGAGCUGGUGCGCUUCGUUUCUUGGCGCUGGAACCGCGACUCUGCACGCUCGCGCACCGCGCCGGCGCCUUGCAUUUGGCCGCAUUGCAUCUGAAGAUACUUAAUAACGCGAAAGCGGAAAGACCCAGACAAGUGCAGGAAGAAGCUACGCACGCUCUUUAUCAGUUGACGGGCGCGCUCCGCAAUUUAGCGAGCGGGGGCCCAAAAACAGCGGACGCUUUCGUAUCCAGCGGUGCUCUCGCUGAACUGUUAGCUGCACUACCAUUGAAUACCGAUCGAGAUGUUCUGACCAAUGUGGCGCGAUGUCUCAGUGUGUUAUCGGGCGAGGAUGCGUGCUGCGGGUGGCUCUGUGCGUCGUCGUCGAGUGCGCCAGCUUUGUUGCACGCGCUGGCGGCGUGCGCCCCCCGCGCGGCCCUCGCCGUCAGACUGGCGUACACGUUGGGCAACAUGGCCGCCGCGGAUGAACAGGCUAGGGUAAACAUCUACAACGAAGAUGGUAGCGUAGACGUGUUACUGACUAUACUGGAGUCCUACACAAACCGCAACGAACGUGACACGAAGGACCUAGAUUUGGACCCGGAUCUCCAUUUAGUUGGUUCAGAUGGCUCCAAUGAAGAUGUUUUAAUAAAGACGGUUCGGGUUGUUGCGAACUUAUGCCUGGCAGAGCUGGCAGGGCGGGGAAUAGCCGCUCAUCACGCCGAACGCACUGUGAAAGCACUGCUGUCGUGUUUAGAGGUAGCUGAGAGGCCUACAGAUAAACCGGUGAUCGGCCCAAUUGAAAGAGAGGGAGACGUAUACAUGGAACGUCGUGAAGAAUUGGCCACAGCUGCCCUUGCUACUCUCAACAACAUCACGUUCUAUCUCGAACCAGCGGAACCCCUCGACCCGCUGGAUGAUACUAUUGAGCUGCUUUGUAAAGCUACAUGCCGCUGGCUGCGGAAGGAUAGCGACGGAAUGAACGCGGCUGCGUGCGAGGCUGUACGGACCCUUGGCAACCUAUCACGAUCGACGCGGGCCGCGCAGUGUUUAGUGGUAGAAGGCGCGUUGGAUGCACUCCCGCCUUUUCAGGAACACGAGGAGGGCAGCGUGCGGUACGCGGCGGCGGGCGUGUUGGUGAACGUGUGCGGGUCGGGCGCGGCGGGCGCGGAAGGUGCGCGCGCGGCGGGCGUGGCACUGCGCUGCGCGGCGGCGGCGCGCGACGUGCUGGCGGCGGCGCUGCUCGCGCGCGCGCUGUGGAACGCGCACGCGCACCGCCCGCUCGCGCCCGCGCACGCGCACCUCAUCACCGCGGCACUCGCCGCCUUCCUCGACGAUGACUCAGUUUUCACGGCCUGCGAGGCGUCGCGAGCUGGUGAACGCCGCGCAAGUGAUUCGGAAAUAUCUAAAAGUCAUUUCGUAAAAUUCGACAUAGAAAACAACAAUGGAACGGAUUUCAGUGAAACCCAUCGGGCUGUAGAUGCCAAACCCGCGAUUGCUAAAGCUCUAAGUGUAAGUGAAGAUUUGCACCAUGGGUCUGGCGACGAAGAUUGGGAUCGCACGGGCCAUUCGGGCGAGGAUCUGGGUUUUGAGGAAGGGGAUACUUUAGGCGAGGACGAAUGUGGCUGCGAACCUUGCCGGCGUUUGGCUGCUUGGGACGAGCUAGUGGGAGUGGCGAUACCAUUACUGGAGAAACUACGACCGCCUAAAGCUGACGCUUCUGUUGGAACGGAUUCAUUCUUGUAA